GCUGACAGAAAAGGUCUGUGGAAGGGAUAUUCCUAUCCCGGGGCGGAACCAAGAGGGCGGGGCCACGUUUCCGGCCGGAGGGGAUUGUUGCUACUCUACCAAACUGACCGGAAACAGAUCCCGCGGAACAGAAGUGGUGCCAGAGUGAGGGAGAGCGGGCUCUGCUCUAUCCUAUGGUCUCUGUCACGUGCCCAGUGGCCCCUGAUUCAUUACUGGAGGCUGCCCUGUCCCAUCAUGCAUUUCUCUAUCCCUGAGACGGAGUCGCGCAGUUCCGACAGUGGAGCCCAGUAUCUGGCCUACAAUAUCCAUGUGAAUGGAGUCCUGCACUGCCGUGUGCGCUACAGCCAACUCCUGGGCCUACACGAACAGCUGAAGAAGGAAUAUGGGAACAACGUCGUCCCUGCUUUUCCUCCCAAAAAGCUUUUCACCCUGACACCAGCAGAAGUGGAGCAGAGAAGGGAGCAGCUGGAGAAGUAUAUGCAGGCAGUGCGGCAAGAUCCGGUACUGGGAGCCAGUGAAACAUUCAACAGCUUCUUGCGCCAUUCCCAGCAGGAGACCCAGCAGAUCCCCACAGAAGAAGUACAGCUGGAGGUGUUCCUAUCUAAUGGGCAGAAGGUCAAAGUGAGCAUUCUUACAUCAGACCAGACGGAGGAUGUGCUUGAGGCUGUGACCAGCAAACUGGAUCUUCCAGAGGAUCUGAUUGGCUACUUCAGCCUCUACCUCAUUAAGGAUACAAGUGACGGCUCAUUCUCCUUUGUAAGGAAGUUACAAGAGUUUGAAUUGCCGUAUGUGUCCCUGACCAGCCUGCGCAGUAGAGAGAAUAAGAUUAUCCUCCGCAAGAGUUACUGGGACUCCUCCUAUGAUGAAGAUGUGAUGGAAAACAGAGUUGGGCUCAAUCUCUUAUAUGCGCAGGCAGUCUCUGAUGUGGAACGUGGUUGGGUGCAGGUAACAAAGGAGCAGCAUCGGCAGCUGAAAUCACUGCAAGAGAAGGUUUCCAAAAAAGAGUUUAUUCAGCUGGCACAGACCCUCAAGUAUUAUGGAUACAUAAAGUUUGAGCCGUGCAUCACUGAUUUCCCAGAAAAGGGUUGCCAUGUGAUUGUGAGUGCCGGCAACAAUGAGCUCAAUUUCCAGGUCAAGUUGCCCAAUGAGCAGAUGAAAGAAGGAAGCUUCAAAGUGACCCGAAUGCGGUGCUGGCGAGUUACUUCCUCCAUGCCUUUCAGCAAUGGGAGUGGAAGUCCCAAUGAGACAGAAGUUCGCUUGGAGCUUGCAUUUGAAUACCUGAUGAGCAAAGACCGAUUGCAGUGGAUCACUAUCUCCAGCCCCCAGGCCAUAAUGAUGAGUAUCUGUCUCCAGUCCAUGGUGGAUGAACUGAUGGUGAAGAAAUCUGGAGGGAGCAUUAAGAAAUUGCUGAGGAAGCGACAGUCAUACCUGCGCCGAUCUGACAGUCAGCAAGCCGUGAAGUCUCCACCCCUGCUGGAUUCGCCGGACUCCAGCAGAGAGCCCAUAGUCAAGUUAUCGAGUAAGCUCAGCUCAGUCAGCCUUCGGGGGAUCAGCACUUCCAACUCGACUGGGGACAUGAGCGCUGACGACUUCCAUGGCAAUUAUGCCUUUGAGGGCAUCGGGGAUGAUGAUCUGUGAGCCGGCACAAUGGCAGUGGGCACAAGAUACCAGCACUGGGAAAUCUCUCUGUCCCUGUCAUAAAAAAAAUGUCGACCCAUUGGGGUGGGGCUAUUAGGCCAGUGGGAGGAGCAUCAGCAUGGCUCUCUGUGCCUGUUUUUGCUGCAGUAUUUUAGGGAACGUGUGGCCUCCACGUUCCGCAAAUCCUCUGAGCUUGCACUUAUCCCCAAGCUAUUUGCACAGAAUGGAGGCAGCAAUGUGCCAGAAAUCUUUUGCUAAUCACCCCCCCCCUCCCCAUGUAUCAGCCCCCCAUAUUCUUAUUAGAGAUCAGUGACAAGGGAGGCUUGUGUCCCUCUGAAACUGACAGUAGCCAAUUGCCAGUGAGGCCCCCCUGUAGGGUGUAGGUCUGUGACCAAAUGUAACUGACAUUGGAUGUAAAGGAAUCACAUCUGUUUAAACAUUGAUUCACCUCCAAAUUAGACCACUUCUUACUGCUUCCGUCCUUUGAAGCCUUGUAACCACAAUUAAAUAUAAGGUAAGAAAAAGGUCAUACGCAGAAUUACUGCAAAAAUUCCAGGUGCUCUUUUAUUCCACUACAUGUUUCGAGCUGCCGCUCUUUGUCAAGUGUUGACAAAGAGCGGCAGCUCGAAACACUUGACAAAGAGCGGCAGCUCGAAACAUGUAGUGGAAUAAAAGAGCACCUGGAAUUUUUGCAGUAAUUCUGCGUAUGACCUUUUUCUUACCUUAUAUUUAAUGAUUGGAUGUAAAGGUCCAGUGCACUCACUGCUGCAGGCUGUACUGCUCCCAAGUGGGUGACAGUUAAUUACAUGCCGCUUGCCAUUUUGCACAUUGGGAAUCAUUGGGAAUGCAUGCAUUCAUAGUCUUAUACAGCCACGCCCACAGCACCUGAUAGGCUCUGCUCGUCACCUGACUUGCACCUGUUCAACCUGAUUGCUGGUCCUCCCUCUGUCCCUGAUCCUAUUGGGCCAAACAGAAGCAGCUCUGUGACCAAAGGGUUAAACACGGGCUGAUUGUAUCUACAGAUUUGCCAAAUGAGUGUUACGUAGGUAUGUACAGAUAUAUAUAUAUGUAUAAAUCUCUUUUUCUCCUCUGCUCAUAAAUCAUUUCAGCCAAGCGAUUUUAUAUAGAAUGCCGCUGGCAUAUUUACCGUUCCUCCCGAUCAGUAGCAUUAAUGUUUAAUAUUAAUAAUUCAUUUUAACUGACAAUGUAAAGCUGCCAUAUGGCUUUGUUAAGAGGUCUCUGCUUUGUUUCUAUUCCUGUCCAAUCAUUACAAAGUGCUAAUGACAGUAAAUAGACGUCUCAUUAA